AUGGGCCCGGCGAUACACCGGAAGUCACCUGCACGGCGGAGGAGUAGUUCAUCCGACCGGUCGAGGUCUCCCAUCAGGAAGCAAUCCCCUCCGAGGAGGAGUAGUCCCUCUCGAAGAGACCGCAGGAGCUCUCCAGGAAGGAAACCAUCUGUCAGGAACAGCCACUCUCAGGGGACAAGAUCGCCCGCGAGGGACAAGCCGCCACAGCAUUACAACAGAUCACCGAGACGAGAAAGGUCGAGAUCACCCGCGAGGGGGAAGAUUGAAACCGCGAGGACGAUCAGAAAAGGGAGUCCAACGUCGCAAGAUUCGCCACCGGAGGAGAAGCUACCAUAUCGCACCAGGUCCCCGAAGCGUGGCAGGUCUAGGUCACCAGUGAGAGAGAGGGCUCCAUAUUCGUCUAGGUCACCUCAACGUAGGCGCUCAAGGUCGCCCAAAACUAGGAGGCCUCCGGAGCAUGUCAGGCCACCCACGAGACAGGUCCAUUCGAGCUUACCCACCAGAGAUGUUUCUUCUCGUUCGCCUUCUCCCCGCACCAAACGACUGAGGAGAGCCCAAGGGGACCGUGAGGUGGGUAAGUCUUCCCAUAUGGAAGAAGGAAGGGAUGCUGCUAGAGAAGAUAGGAGGAGAAACAAAGAAAGGGGAGAGGAUAGAGACAUUCCAAAUGACAGAAGGUCAACUCGUGAGAGGAGUAGUGAUGGGCCUUCCAGGUCACAGAGGCAUCGCUCCAUUUCUCCUGAAGAACCUGGCCAAAGGAGCAAAUCCACGGCACGUGAUGAGGUGUCUGCGUAUAUCUUUACCUUUAGCAUCCUGUUCUUAACAUUAUUCUGAUGCAUUCUGUUUGUUGAAAGGAAUCGCCUUUUCAGUACUGUUUAUGCAGAACUCAGCUGGCAAAGCAAUAGUUUGACAAUAUAGUGCAUUAUAUUUAAUGUCCCACUUACUGUCAUCAUGCGGGUUAUUAUCCUUUCAUUUUAUAAAGGAACGAAAUGAGAUCAAUUCAACUAUUUCAAAGUUAAUAGGUACAUCCAGGGAUUUGUGUUUAAUAAAAAUCCACAAACCAGCCACUCCCUACGAGAGCACAGAUGAGAACGAAACCCCUUCCAGUGCCUGCGGCACAAAAAAAAUAUACAAAUGUUGGAGAUGAGGAUAUAGGCAAAGCAGCAGUUCAUUUACUUUCUGUGCCAAGGUUAAUCCUCUAUAUCUCUUUCCAUAAUUGUCUUUUUGCAGCUCCGUAAAUUCUCUUUGAAAGAUUUUCCUCUGUAUCUCUCUCCUGAUAGCAUGUAAAUUGUAGCCAGAAUGAGUGACCCCCAUUCAUCUUUCCCUUCUUUCAGUUCCUGCUCAGCCCAUCACUUGAUCAGGCUGUCAACUCCUUUAAUGAUAUGGCAUUGCGAUUGUAAGGAGCUGAUCACUCUUUUCCAUGGUACAAUUAUGAUCCUACAGUGUAACAAAUAGAUCCCAACACUUGAAUAUUUAAGGCAAAAAAUAGACAACUAGUGGCUUCAUACCUUUUCUUUUAUUCUGUCACCUGUUGCCUUUUGCCCGUCAUUUACCUGGAAACAGUCACGAUUUUAGUCAUUAUAUGCUUGAAUAUAGGCACCAGCUUCUUCCACAACAAUCUUAGGCUCCUUCAUGGUCUGCAUAAAUCUGAAUCCCCAUUUAUGGCCUAUCUUCGCUCUUUUGUUUUCUACAUCAGGCUGAAUGGAUAAACUACUUCAGCCUUCCAUUUCAGUAGCAAUAAAAGCUCUUUCGGAUUGAAGAUGCUAUCAUGACCCUAUCAGAGACUGCUUUUUUUGUGUCAACAAGUAGGUUCAUUUUUCGCAUGAAUUAGCGGCGGAAUUAAUUUUGCUUGAGAGUAACAUGUUUUUAGAACUUUUUCAAUGUCAGUGGCUUGUUUGAGGGCAUUGGUUUAAAGGGGUUUUGGUAUUUUUCUGAUAUACAACCAUAUUGAUCGCCAUCAUGUGACCCUCAAGCUGUUUUAUUUCUUCUCUAUUUACCUUUUUUUGUCGCUCUCUGAUUGAUUUGCUGUUUUUCCUGGGUUACAGGUGACCAGAGCGAGAGGAGCUGAAGAACAUCGGUGAGUUUAGAAUUUGGAUUCUCUCUCCCUCCCUCCCUCCCUCUCUCUCUCUCUCUCUCUCUCUCUCUCUCUCUCUCUCUCUCUCUCGCACUCUUUCCCUUGACGUGCUCUCUUAUUGCUGAAAACUAAGUUCCUGCUGUAUGUUUUUGAUGCACUCGUAAAGGACAUCGCAUCACCUGCAGGUUAGUGUUUUAGGAUGGAAUGUCUGAUGGUUGGCAGUUACUCCGUGGAGUAGUACGGACAAGUGAGUGAGUGAUAGGCUGUUCUGAUCACAUGAUUUAUGGUUGCACCAGGUUUAAUCAUGUUAAACAGUAUACCACGAGAGUGAGGAGGAAGUCAAGUUUCUCAUGGAGUCAAGAACACAUUGCAAUUAAUUAUGACGUUGUAGACGCCUUUUUUUUGUUCCCUUUAUUUAUAAGUAGUUCUCUCAUAUAAAGCACCCUUCUUUCUCAGAAUGUAAUCAACAGUUUAAACAAUCUGUCAAAUGGAGUAGAUAUGACUUAAGUUUAGCCUAUUAUUUUUUGGUUUGACUGUUGAGCUUGAGCAUUGUACACUUAGUGGAAAUUUUCUGUGACAUAAAACGAGUGAUUUCGAACAUUGCCUCCAUUUGACCUUGUGUGUGAGGGUGGGAUAGUGGUCUCUGCAAGCAAAUAUGGAUGGAUUUUUUUGGCACGCUGCAAUGUGUGGCUAAUUGAUGAAGCUGGAUGAGAAAGGUCUGAUGAAUCAUUUACCAUAAUGCUAUUGGCCCGAAACCAAGCAAUGAGGGGAGCAGAAGCUUUUCCACAAUAUUUAAACUAUUCUUUUCAAACCUGUGGUUCACAUGCAUACUGAAUUCUUGAUGACUCUGCCAUGUGGGCAACAUAAGUCGGAUACAAAAUAAUUUUUUAUACGAUGUUAGAUAAUCAAGACAUCCAGUUCAAGUUCAAUUCACACCGAGUGUAGUAAGCCCAUAUGUCUGACCGCACCAUUUGCCUUCUCUUAGAAUGAAAGCUGUUUUGAAGGUGAUCAUUGAGUUAUUGAGUUAGUAGGAUCUUUGCAAUGAAAUUAGUCUCUGGAAGACCACUGUCAUAGUGAAGGGUACUUGGGUAUUUUGAAUGGGUUAAGAUGGGCUACGAUAAAAAGGUUUUGGUCGGUUUUUUAUUUUUACGUAAUGGAGCUAUCCUAUAAAUGACGUCUCCUCCACUCUCACUUAAAUUUAAGGUGCUGCCCUCGUUUCUCCUGACUGAAAAGAGUGAUCUUAUCUAGUUUGUAGUUCUCUUGUAGUUUCAGCCAUCUUAGAUUAACUAAUGUCCUAGCAGAUUUUGGUGGUCUCACUCGGAUUUAUAGCUAUCCAGUCUGUGCUCAGCUGGAUGUGUCAUCUGUUUUAUAAUGAAUGCCUCCGAUUUGUAACCACCAAACGGCCAUUACCGAUUUUGAACAACCUUGAUGGACAAGCUGUUGUCUUGAGCAGGGAUGGCGACGAGGAUUCUGUUGCUAGAAUGAAGGCUGCUGAGGAGGCAUUAGAAGAGAAACAAAAGGUAUUAUAGGGCUAUGCUUCUGCUCUUUUGAUGAACCUCACAUCUCAUAUAAUUGGGUUAACUGCAUUUCGAAAUUUGAUAUACAGGGUUUCAGACAUCAUAAAACUUUCUGUUAAUUAUGCUUGCUCAUAAAACCAUACGCUCGUUUUUGAUUUCGCAGUCGCGUUAUUUUUACUUAAUAUGAAAUUUUUUCAUCAGAAUUUUGUUUUCAAUCCUCUCUCAGUAAGUCUUCAUUUAAGUUCUUUUGAGAGGUUCCUUUAGAAUUUCAUCUUCAUUUAUUCUUUAACGUGAGACCUGAUAUGCCAACGUCGUUCAUGAUAUGCAGCAAAAGCCUUCAUUUGAACUCUCUGGGAAGCUGGCUGAGGAGACCAACAGAGUUCGAGGUGAUAGCUGGAACUAUGCAAUUUUCAUUUGAAACAUCGAUUCACUAGUUCGUCUUGUUGAUGUCAUUCUCUUUAGUUUUUUUACGUGCUUUGUUACUGUAAACCUUACGACCUGGAAAUCUAGACUUCUUAUUUCUAUGCUAAUGUUCAUCAACUUAGAAAGUAAGUGAAAGUACUGGGAUAGUUUUAUGGAAUCUUAUUACAUGCUCGCAUGGUUUCAGGAACUGUGAUCACUCUCUAAAUAUUUGAAAAGGUCAAACAAACGGGCUAAUUACGGGUUGAAUGACCUGAAAUUGGCGAAUAAUGGAGAUUUUGGCUGAUAAAAGAGUGAGUGAAAGGAUAGAAGAACAGGGGCUUAUCCCUGGCAUAUUCGGCGGCCACAAACUUCCAUUAUUGACUGUCAUUGCGGUGGACUACCCCUAGAGCUCUUCUUUACGUGGGAAAAAAAGGAUUGGGGGAAAGAGGAUGCGUUGGGUGGCUGUUAAGUUUAUUAUAUGCUUAAGAGCCCUAAUGUAAUCGUUUCUUUCAUUUUUACCUUUCACGUGAUGAAAUGCCUGCGUUACGAAAUUAUAUAUACGCCAUUGUUGAAACCCAAGUUGGGAUCUUCUCUCACAUCAACCAAUUUGCGUGAGCCAGUCACCUAAUCAUAGACUCCAUGGAUGCCACAAGAGAACAUGAAAACAUCAGAACGAUAUUGUUGAUCUUCUAGGUUGGGAGAGUCGUGAGCGCUGCUGAUGAAAUCCAAGGUAGGCCAAAUCAUUGUAUUCGGAAUCUACUGUGGCCGUUUAUAUUUUCUUUGGGAAUAUGACCCUCGUUGAAAUUGGAAAUGAAAUUGGACUGCUGAAGAACAAGGGGGAGUCGCACUCUAUUAUAUCUGCUAAGAGAUGGUUGGGGAAGGAUGAGAGAAGAAAAUUCUGUUGAUAGCUUCCUGUUGCUAGCUGCUAGUGGUCAUCCACUGCGAUCUGCUUGUUCAAGGUUAAGGAUUCAGGAGAUGUUGUGGGUAUUUUUGUGAAAAAGCUCCCAUCUAACCUGUUCUUUUAAUCAUGAGUUUUUGGCUACGCUUUUGAUUAUAUAUUAUAUUAUGAUUAUGCCAUUUUUAAUUCCAAGUCAAGUGUUUCCCAUUAAUUAACCUGUUGAGGUUAUCCGAUUCUAAUUCAACAUUAAAUGUGAUCUGAAUUAGAUGAUACUUGGCUGGUGCCUGUACAAACCAGGUGUUAGAUUGGAUGGUGUGGUGCAGCACAACCGCCAUGAUAUGUCAUGUGAAGGUGCCUGUAGGGUACCCAAAGUUCACGAAUUACUAGCUCCAGAUACAAACACCGCUUGUAAAGGCUCAGAUUAUUAUUCGGAAAAUGUGUGAUAUAUAAGCUGUCUCAUAUCUUCAUGUAAAACAUUUCAUGCCCAAUUAUGCAAUUGUUUCAUUUUUACCGAAUAUUAUUUCUAAAAAAAAUAAUAUCACACUUGCCCUCCCAUGUUCCCUUGUUGCCCAGAUGAUGCCUACCAGGGAAUUUUUUUCUUUUUUUUUUUCUAUCCACAGGUAUAACGCUGCUAUUCACUGAGCCAUCAGAUGCUCGUAAACCAGACGUGAGGUGGCGGCUCUACGUCUUCAAGGGCGGUGAAGUCCUCAAUGGUACUGGUCUCCUUGCUACCUUCUCAUUCUCUCUUGGAGCUGCAGAAGCCUCACCUUUGGUUCUACCCCAAAUGAGCAGAGCCGCUUUACGUUCACCGCCAGAGCUGCUAUCUCUUCGGCCGUGAGAGGAGAAUUGCAGACGUUCCCACCGAUCACCCAUCGUGCAGCAAGCAGCACGCCGUUCUCCAGUUCAGGUAAACUCCCACCAGUCUCUCUCCCUCUUCUGUUGGGUUCCCGAAUGUGUCUGUUGCUAUAUGGAGCUCGUGUUCUUCUCCAGGCUUGUGGAGACGGAGCAAGAUGACGGGUUACUGUCAAAGCACGUAAGGUAAAGUAGCAAGCAUAGGUUUGACCAUUUUUCCAUGGGUUUGACCGUUGACGAGUGAGCUGAAUUCCCCGGUUAUCUCUUGUUUUGACUAGGCCGUACGUAAUGGAUCUUGGCAGCACAAACGGAACGUUUCUCAACGUAAGCCCCCCCCCUUGAUCCGUUUUCUUUGGCACGGCUGCAGGGCCGUUUGUUUUGCCAUUUUUGUCAGAAAAUCUGAACCACACGAAUUUUCCGGCGCAGGAUGAGCGGAUUGAGGCCCAGAGAUACUACGAACUUCGUGAAAAGGAUGUCCUCAAGUUUGGUAAUAGCAGGUAAGGAAGGGGGGGGGGGGGAAAUGCUCGUAUGAAAUGCUUCUGUUUUCUCAUAUACUUGCAUGUUCCUCUGUCUCAUAUCCAUUUUGAGCCUCUGAUCCAAGAACUAAUCAUACUCUAAUUAAUUAUCUUCAUUUCUCCAAAGUUUCCUCAUGAAUGAAAUUAUCUAGCAGUGUGCUAGGAUUGGCUUAUUAUUCUGUCUCAUACAUUUCCUGAGGUUUUGCGGUUAUUUAUUAGUAAACUGUUUGUUUCGAAUUGUAGAUAGAAUGAACAGAGCCUGAUCUAUGAGAUCACAGUUUGGACAACUUGGUUUCUCGGGUAUACUUUUUUUAGCAAAAUUAUUGGAGGAAAAAUCAUCAAUUCUGGAUAAUUCUGAAUUAUUGAUUUUUUCUUUGUGAUAAUUCUGGAUCCAGCUGCACGCGCAACUUAGUUUCUCGGGUACAUUUUUUUUUUGUUUUUAGCAAAAUCAUUGAAGGAAAAAUCAAGCUUUAUUUGAAUUAGCUCGUGAGUGACUCAUGGGAAUUAAUGGAAAUUAUAUUUUUUUUGUUCUUGGGUUCUGGUUAUCUAUCCAUCCCUGCCAUUGUUAGAUCACCGUGAGAACUUAUGUGGAAUUUUAUUGUUUAUGUUCGUGAUGUUGGUGGUGAUAAACCCUUCUAGUGGAUUGCUUUUUUUUGGCACGGUCAACGCUUUCCACACUAAAAGGUUUAGUUGCAUCGAUGGUGAUUAAUCCCCAUUUAGAUUACCAUGAGAACUUAUGGGGAAAUUUUAUUGUUUAUGUUCAUGAUAUUGAUAACGAUAAACCCUGGUUUAACAUCGUUUAAUGAUAAUGCUUUCUAGUGGAUUAUUUGUUUUCUUGCCAUUGUCAACGCUUUCUUGACUAGAUGAUUAGGUGCAUCGAUGGUGAUUAAUCCUCAUUGCUUAAAGCACAAUGCUUUCUUCUUCAUCAUUCGGAAGAGAUCAAGGUUUCUUCUCAUAGAAAAUUGAUUCCAGAGUGUAUGUGAAUAAACUCUGAUGAGAAUCGUACGGAGAAAUUGGGGUUGACUUUAGCUUAACUUUCCAUAAUUGGAAAUGAUUAUUAUCUUGCCUGGAGAUGUUGAAUCUGAUACGAUCAGCUGGUUUUCUUGUCGCAGCCGGGAAUACGUCCUCCUGCAUGAGAAUUCUGUCAAGUGA